AUGUCGUCAUCAGAUAAAGGUAUAAUAUAUAAUGUAUAUAUACCUAUAUGUAAUAUAUAUUGAAUGUUUGUAUGUUUGACAGUUUAAUUACUACAAAUAGAGCUAUAAACACUUAUUAUAUUUAAAAUCAUUUUUUUCUAUUUCAUUCAAUAAUUUUUAAUCAUGAAAUGGUUAUUAUUUAAAUAUUUAAUUCAGAAUCUCUUGACUAGGUUAAUAUGGUAGUCUGACUGUUGAAUGUACUUAAAUGUACAAAUGUAUUGAUUAUGAAUUGUUUAUAUUUAUACCAUAUUUUAUCAUAAAGCACUUCUUGAUGACAACAGUAUAGCGAUCAAUGAUUUACCAAACGAUACAGAAGCAGCCAUUAGAUAUAUUAAGUCAUUGUUACCAGCAACUCUUAAGGACACAUUGAAGUAUCCACAAAUUGUUUUUAUAAAUCAACUUUAUGAUGUCAUUCAGAAUAAAACAUUGAUUAAUAAAGAACUGGUCAGUUAUUAUUAUAGUUUUAUAAUUUUAGAAAUAUUUUAAUAUUUUUUUAUAAUUUAGGAUAUAUUAAGAAAGCAAUGCAAGAUACAAGAAUUUACAAUUGGAACAAGUGAUUUUUCUUCAGCUUUAAUAUUAUAUGAAGAUUAUGUAAAGUAUAUAUUAAACAUUUAUCCAGAUAAUAAAUGUAUUAACAAAUUUUUAAAUACUAUUCUACCACAAAUAAAAUCAUUUGGAGUGGAAAAAUGUGCUUUGAAACAAAAGUUUAAAUUGCAACAAUAUGAAUUGACGUAAAAAAAUUAAUUUUAACUUUAAAUUUCAUUUGUUUUUUAUUGUAUAAUAACUUAAUUGUUAAAUAAAUGUUUAAUUGCUUUCAGGGAAUUAAUCAAUUGUGGGCUUUUAUUGAUUAAAAAUCAAGAUAAUUAUUGGAUUUCUUUUCCAUCUUCUGGUAAUUUUAUCAGACGUUACAUUGAAGGACGAAAAUAUUUAAUUCAAAUAAUUAAACGGCGGAAAUUCCAAGAAAUAUUAGAAAAUGUAAGUUGUUUUUAAAUAGGUAUAUUAUUUAAUUCUACUAAUAUUUAUCAUUUUAAAUAACUUCUUUAUUUUCUGCUUGAGGAUUAAUGAAACUAUCCAGAUAUGUUUAUGAAUCGUAAAAUAAAAUUAAUGUACAAUUUUUAAAAGGUAUUUUAGUACUUGUAAUAUAGUGUAGUAUUAAAAUAUUACAUUGAAGUUCUAAAAUUGGAUAUGUUAACUAAUUGUUUUAACUAGUGAAGUUAAAAGUUACUUUUCUUGAAAUUUGUUUACAACUAUACAUUCAACGUAUUUUGUACUUUAAUUUUUAAUAUAUACAUAUAACUUUUAUAUAUAUACUUACUUGCUAUUUUUAAUAAUACAUAGGUAAACCAUUUGUUUUCUCCAAAAACUUUGUUAAUAACUUAAGUUUGAACAAAAUGAUUAAGUCAUCUUCAAUCAUUCUAUUUUCUAAAACUAAUGAAGUUAAAAGUUACCGCAAAAUAACUAAUAACUUUUUAACUAGUUAGGACUGUCACCUAUUUUGAAGUUCUUUAAUAAGUUAACCUUUUAAAUAUCUCUACAAGUAAUUUAAACCAGACAUUUUCUAAAUAGUAUAACUGUCUAUGCCUUCAUCUCAACUAUUUGGGGUUGGCUACCCUCAACUUAAACUUCCAGUUGACCUUAUUCCACAUAUUAUUACAUACACCAGUUGUUCUCUUACCAUUCUAAAUUGUAUCUAUCAACCUCUUUUUCGGACUUCUUCCCAUCUUUCCUCCUAUGUUUAUUUUCAUUACCAUUCUUACUGCUUCCAAUUCUUCUUUAUAUAACAUUCUGUUUUAUUAAUAACCAUUAUUUUUUAUAAUUAAUAAUUAAAUGUUUCUGACCUAACCAUUUGUAUUUAUGUUUUAAAAAUAAAAUGUGUAAUAUAUGUAGUAUUUUUCUUAUUAUAGGACUUAGAAGUUCGAUGUGCCAAAGUGUCCAAAAUUAAAGAAUUUGGUUUUAAAUAUUUUUUGCAUGCUAUUAAAGGAUCAGAGGAUAUAAUUACGUAAUUUAACCAGAAUUAAAUAAUUAGACUUUUAUUAAUGGAAUAAUUUAUUAUUUAGGAUAAAUACAACAUCUGGAUGUCUUUUAAGAAUUGUUUGA